UGUGUGUGUGUUUUCUAACCAGCUGAAAAUGGCGGCUCGGAGCGUCGAAUCGUUCUAACUUUAUCGUACAAUAAUAAACAUAGCAUUACACACAGCUGUUAGCACAUAACAUGGGGAGAAACUUUACUGAGAGGCUACGGACGCUCUAGCUCGGAAACAUUACUUUCACCAUAACGACUAACGGGAGUUAAAUCGCAGAGAUUAUGGAGGACCCUCAUACACGGUACAGCAAACGCCUGCGUACAGGGACGCGGCGCCGCUACCAGGACGAUGGAAUCUCAGAUGAUGAAAUUGAAGGGAAACGAAUGUUCGACCUGGACGAGAAGUUGCAGUGCGUCAGGUUUAACUCUGAAUUGAUCAAACACAUGGAGGGUAAAGAUUUCACAUUUGAGUACAUCCAGAGGGAAGGGCUCAGGGAGCCCAUUAUCUUUGAGACAGCUGAUGGCCUUGGCAUACAAAUGCCAGACUCUGACUUCAGUGUGAGUGAUGUCAAGUUGUUUGUUGGUAGUCGACGCAUUGUAGAUGUGAUGGACGUGAACACUCAGAAGGGAAUAGAGAUGUCGAUGGCUCAGUGGCGACGCUACUAUGAGACGCCGCCAUCAGAAAGAGAGAAACUCUACAACGUCAUCAGUCUGGAGUUCAGCCACACCAGGCUGGAGAAUCUGGUCAAACGACCGGCUUCGGUGGACCUUAUUGACUGGGUGGACAACAUGUGGCCCCGCCAUCUCAAGGAGAGACAGAGAGACUCCACAAAUGCCAUCAUAGAUAUGCAUUAUCCCAAAGUACAGAAGUACUGUCUCAUGAGUGUGCAGGGCUGCUUCACAGAUUUCCACAUUGACUUUGGAGGCACUUCAGUCUGGUACCACAUCCUCCGAGGAGGAAAGGUGUUCUGGCUGAUUCCACCCACACCACAGAACCUGGAGAUGUACGAGAACUGGGUUUUAUCAGGAAAACAGGGAGACAUCUUCUUGGGCGACAAGUGUUUUGACUGCCAGAGGAUAGAGCUCAAGCAAGGCAACACCUUCAUAAUCCCUUCAGGGUGGAUCCAUGCCGUGUACACCCCAGAGGACACGUUGGUGUUUGGGGGGAAUUUCCUCCACAGCUUUAACAUCCCCAUGCAGCUCAACAUCUACAGCAUUGAGGAUCGCACACGGGUGCCAGCAAAGUUCCGCUAUCCGUUCUACUAUGAGAUGUGCUGGUAUGUCCUCGAGAGAUACCUCUACUGUCAGACCAACAUCUCCCACCUCACUCCUGAGUUCAAAAAAUACUCCCUAGGCAUAGGACUGACCCAGGCUGACCUUGAAACCAACGACCACACCAAGAAUGGCACCUCCAAUGGAGGUGACGGUGACACUGAAAACAAGGAGAUCAAGGAAGAAGAAGUCAAAGAACAAGAACAAGAAGAGGCAGCUAAAGAUGCCACACCUCAACACAUGCUGACUCCCUUUGAGCUGGAGGGACUGUGGAACCUUUUAGGGAAGCUGGAGGAGCUGCCAGACCAGAAAAAGUGUGUCCCUGUAGGCAUCAUGAACGCCACAGCCCUGCUCGAAGACAUGAGGACUCUUCUGAAGGAGCAUGCCAAUGAUAAUCCCAAACUGUCCUACACUGGAGAGCCCAUUGUCAAGUGGCCCGAAAGGCCAUCAUGGUACCAGCCCCCCACUCCCCCUCCCCCUGUAAUUUACCGGCCUCGGUUGGGCCCCACCCUCCACAAGCCUCAGCGAUCCACCAAACGCUCCUCCAUCUCUGCUAUGAGGCGCAAACGGGUGAGGUGCAAGCGCUGUGCAGCCUGCUGCAGGAAGGAAUGCGGCACCUGCCAGUUUUGCCACGACAUGAGGAAGUUUGGUGGGCCGGGUCGCAUGAAGAAGGGCUGCCUCAUGAGACGGUGUCUAGCGCCUGCCUUACCGAACACAGCGCGAUGUGCCAUAUGUGGAGAAGGAGAAUCGGAUGAAUCAAAUCCGAGCACUCACUCACUCAUGGAGUGCUCUGUGUGCUCGCAGAUUGUCCAUCGUCAAUGCAAUAAGGAACCUGGUGAGGGGAAGAUCAAUAAGGAUUUGCCCAGCUGCUGGGAAUGUCCCAAAUGUUACCAAGGAAAAGACUCCGCAUCAGAGUCUACCAGCGAUGAGGAAAGUGGAGAGUCGGAGGGCUCAUCGUCCCUGCCACCGAUCAAACGCGCCUACCGGGAAGGCAUUGGUGUAGGUGAAGGGGUGAGACGAGGGGGACGUAGCCAAUCAUCAUCCCGACCCACAGCACCACCACCUUCUCAGAAACUGCUACUGCAGCAUCAACAGAACCGCAAAAGAGCAAAUGCACUGGAGCUCAGACUUAAAAAGAGGAUAAAACUAGAGCGCAGCAAAAUCUUAACGAAACAGUCGUCUCUAGACCGUUCUCCCCGGCCGCUGCGCUCCAAGGUGCUGUCCGGGCUGCGCUCUCCAACCAGCAGGCUAUCUCAGGGCAGAGGCCGGAGCUCCAGCUGGGCGAGUGGCUCCACCUACCACAGCUCUCCAGGAGGGACUGAGUCUUUCCAGCAGCAGCAGCAGCAGCAGCAGCAGCAGCAGCAGCAGCAGCAGCAGCAGCAGCAGUCUUCCCUCGGUCUGGUACUUGAGCCCAAGGGAGAGCCCCGCAGUGGGAGGGGGAGAGGGGUGAGGCUGCGGGGAGGAGGAGCAGGAAGAGGACUCAGAGGUGGUAAAAGCCAUGAAGAGUUGAAGGAGGACAGUGAGGACAGCAGCAGCAGCAGCAGCAGCAACAGCAGCAGUAGCAGCAGCAGCAGCAGCAGCAGUAGCAGCAGCAGCGGCAGCAGCGAUGAGGAAGAGGAGAGAGGGCAGAACAGUGGGAGGGGAUUGGAUAAAGAGAACCAGCCACAGUCAAGGCGAGGAGAACGGGCAGCCAAAGAGAGAGAAGAGGAAGCGAGCGAGGUGGCCAACCAAAACGGUGCGGAGGAGGAUGAGGAGGAAGAGAUGGAGCAGGACAGUGAAACAGGGGGCAUAGACGGCUCAAAUCUUAAAGUGACACUCCAAAAGCCAACCAGGGCCAAGCGGGACCCAUCAGCCAUUGUCCCCAAAUUGGAAGCUAUCGCCCCUCCAACUGCCACUUCCACAAUACACAACCAGACCAGAGUCCUCGCCAGACCCCCAAUUAGAAAUCACGGACCCUGUCCUGAUCAACACUCCAGUAGGCACACACGUGUACACACUCGCAGUAGACACACAGACACUCGGACCUCCCACGCAGAGAGGCUGGAAGACUCUAAAAAAACGAGACCGGCUAAACUGAGCAAUGGCGCUUCCUCUUCUUCAACCUCUGAGCUUCCCCAUCUCCGUAUCCCUCUGUCCGCCCUGCAGGAAGGAGGGAGCGAGGCAGACAGGGAGAACGGCGGCAGCGGGCCAGGCUGUGAGAGGGAGGUGUGGGUAUCUGUCUUCCGUUACUUAAGUCGAGCAGAUCUCUGCGUCUGCAUGGCUGUCUGCAAGAACUGGUACAAAUGGUGUUUAGACAAGCGGCUUUGGGCACGGAUCGACCUGAGCAUCAAACGCACCGUUACACCUCAGGCCCUAACAGGCAUCAUAAAGAGACAGCCGGUCACACUCGAUCUCUCUUGGACCAACAUCUCUAAAAAACAGCUCAACUGGCUUGUUGGCCGCCUGCCUGGGCUGAAGGAUCUCAUGGUGGCAGGUUGUUCCUGGUUAUCUAUUUCAGCUCUCUGCUCCUCUAGUUGCCCUCUCCUCCGUUCUCUGGACCUGCGGUAUGCAGACGGAGUCAAAGACUCUCAGAUCAGGAAUCUAGUCACUCCUCCCGGUUGUGACAAUCGCAGUCAGUUGCGUACCAUGCAGUGUUUGCGACUAGCAGGCCUGGACAUCAGCGACUCCACUCUGCGCCUGGUGAUCCGCCACAUGCCCCAUUUAACAAAACUGGACCUCUCCCACUGCAACAGCCUCACAGACAACUCCAUCAACCUGCUGACUGCAGUGGGCUCGUCCACCCGAAACACUCUCACAGAACUCAACCUGGGAGGUUGCAGUAAACUGACAGACACGUGUCUCAAGUAUCUCCGCCGCCUCUCUUGCAUCUCACUGCUCGACCUGCGAGGCUGUAAAGUCGUCUCCCGCAAGGCCUGUGAGGCCUUCAUCUCCGAGCUGUCGGUGAACACGCUCUACUGCCUGUCAGAUGAAAAACUGAUCCAGAGGAUAUCCUAAGAUCCUACCGCCUCUGAGUGCAGAGGCCAUUUGAGGUGCGACGGCAACCGAAAGGAUCCUGAUGUGAAUCUGUGUGACAAAGGACACAGACAUGCAGGGAAGUUCACAUGCACCUGUAUCACUGUUAAAGGAGGGGCGGGGUCUGAACUCACUUAACUGGUGUUGGUGAAAGGGAUCGUCUCAGCUGAAAAAAAGUUUCUAUUCAACGUUAUAUACAUUCUUUUCCGUGUACCCUAAAAAGGAGACUCUGCUUUCUUUCUUUUUUUUUCCGUUGUUCUUUUGGGAAUUAAUGUGAUGUGGGAAAAGCAAAGUGUAUUUUUUUGCCAGGAGUUGGAGAACAUGGUCAAUUAAUUAUCUGUAUUAGACUGCACAUAACCAAGUGCUCAACUCUCCGUUGGACAGAAGCCAAUCUUGACUCCUAUCACAAACUCCUGCCUUGAGAAAGACUUUGGAGUUUCAUCCUUGGGGUAUAACUGCAUUGUUACGUUUGGCUGAAUCCCAUAAAGUCUUAUUUAUGAUGUGAUUUAUCAUUUUAACUCAUUUGAUAUCAGCUACAUUUGGGUGCUCUAAAUAUAUAUGGUUAUUUUUGUCAGAUUCAAGAGAGCAAAUGUUUAGAGGUUUGACGUCCGCUUUAUGCACAGCAACUAUGCGUUGAGAUUUCUUUAUUUUUAAGACGACUAAAGGUGACUGGUCUUUGACAUCAUGACUUAUAAAGUGAGUGAUUGGAAUGGCCUGCGUUUGUAUGUCCAGCUUAAUAAGGAAUUUGGGUGCAACAGUAGGGGUUUACAUGGUAAGUAUAAAUGGACAUUGAGUGGAUGUGGUUGUGUAAAAGGGUAAAAAGACAGUGUGAGAAGGCAAUCGACAUGGCAAGAACACCUCAACCCACCAAAGGGCAGGUUGCAUUAAAUGUUUGGGCUAAGCCACGGGUUAGGUGUCAGAUAAAUGGUGCAUUUUCAAACAACCGUUAGACUUCAGGUGCUAUUAUUUCCAAACUACUCUUGCUUUGUUUUUGUACAGAGACGACAUUUAGAGCUAAAAUGUUAAUAUUCUAGAUGAAACUGCUCCCCACCCCUCUUUGAUACACUCUUUUCUUUUCAUGGAUGAAAAUUGUGAGUAUCUACUUUUCGCUGAACUUCAUGACCUUGUCCAAUUCAAUGUAGAGAUGUACGAUUUUGUUUGGGGGCUUGGGUUGCUCGUUUCUUUGUUCCCUUAUAAAGUGUAGUGGUUCUGUAUCCAAAGGCCUCCUUCCAGACUGCUCUCCAGGCCAUAUCCCUUCAAAUGAAUAUAAGUAUAUACAUAUAUACUUUUGUGUAAAUGUUCCUCUUUUCGGUUAUCAAAACGGGAGUCCUGUAGCAUUGUAAUUAUUUUCAGAAAAAGCCUUUUUUCACUUUAUGUUAUUUGUGUUAUUUUUCAAGAAAAAUAAAAAAUAAAUAAACAAUGGGUAAUUGUCAUAUUGUCAAUGAACGUGGGAGAGUUGCAUCAAGCAAAUGCAGUGGUGGAAAAUAAAUAACACAUCAAAAUAUACUUUAAGUACCAAAAGUGCUUAUGCAGUGCAUUUCACAAUGUAUUAUUGAAUAAUUAUCGAUGCAAUAAUGUGUACUUUAAUGUUGCAUAAAGGUGAGGCUUAUUUCUUACUGCUGCCAGGGAGCUUGUGAAUUUCGCCAAGGGAUCAAUAAAGUUAUCUUUCUCCAUAA